CUGCGGGCUCACAAAGCGGCCGGACGCGCGGCGGCGGCGGCAGCGGCAGCGGCAGGUGCGCAAGGGAACGAGCCGGGCAACAGCCUUCCCAGCCACCGCGGUACAGGAACCCCAGCAACUCGGGCGCCGGGACUCGGGCGGGCUCCCAAGAUGCCAGCGAUCGCGGUGCUCGCGGCAGCCGCCGCGGCUUGGUGCUUCCUCCAAGUGGACAGCCGGCACCUGGAUGCGCUGGCCGGUGGCGCGGCCCUCAACAACGCCAAUUUCCUAGACAAUGACCAGUGGCUGAGCACCGUCUCCCAGUAUGACCGUGACAAGUACUGGAACCGCUUCCGAGAUGAAGUUGAGGACGACUAUUUCAGAAACUGGAAUCCCAACAAGCCCUUCGACCAAGCCCUGGACCCAUCCAAGGACCCCUGCCUGAAGGUGAAAUGCAGCCCGCACAAAGUAUGUGUGACCCAGGACUACCAGACGGCCCUGUGUGUCAGCCGCAAGCACCUGUUGCCCAGGCAGAAGAAGGGCAAUGUGGCUUACAAACACUGGCUUGGACCUUCCAAUCUGGUUAAGUGCAAGCCUUGCCCCGUGGCGCAGUCAGCGAUGGUCUGCGGAUCUGAUGGCCACACGUACACGUCCAAGUGCAAGUUGGAAUUCCAUGCUUGUUCUACAGGCAAAAGCCUCAGCUCCCUCUGUGAUGGGCCCUGUCCGUGUCUGCCUGAGCCUGAGCCACUGAAGCCCAAAGCAGAGAAGAGUGCCUGCACGGACAAGGAGCUGAGGAACCUCGCCUCCAGGCUGAAGGACUGGUUCGGGGCUCUUCACGAGGACGCCAAUCGAGUCACCAAGCCUACCAGCUCUGACCCAGCCCAAAGCAGGUUUGACACCAGCAUCUUACCCAUUUGCAAGGACUCCUUGGGUUGGAUGUUCAACAAGUUAGACAUGAACUAUGACCUGUUGCUGGACCACUCAGAGAUCAAUGCCAUCUACCUAGACAAAUAUGAGCCCUGUAUCAAGCCUCUAUUCAACUCGUGUGACUCCUUCAAGGAUGGCAAACUCUCCAAUAACGAGUGGUGUUACUGCUUCCAGAAGCCAGGAGGUCUCCCUUGCCAGAAUGAAAUGAACAGAAUUCAGAAGCUAAGCAAGGGGAAAAGCCUACUGGGGGCAUUCAUCCCCCGGUGUAAUGAGGAGGGCUACUACAAAGCCACACAGUGCCACGGCAGCACGGGGCAGUGCUGGUGUGUGGAUAAAUAUGGGAACGAGCUGGCCGGCUCCAGGAAACAGGGCACUGUAAGCUGUGAAGAGGAGCAGGAAACCUCCGGGGACUUCGGCAGUGGAGGCUCCGUGGUCCUGCUGGAUGACCUAGAGGACGAGCGGGAGCUGGGACCAAAGGACAAAGAGGGGAAGCUGAGGGUGCGCACCCGGGCCGUGCGGGAAGAUGAUGAGGAUGGAGAUGACGACAAAGAAGAUGAGGUCGGGUACAUAUGGUAGUGCCCACGAGGAAGAGGACACGCUUUUGGCACAGAUCUGCAAGUCGUUUCCUUUGCCUGCAUUUGUAUCUAGGACUCCGAGGCACCGGGGUCUCUUCUCCACUGUUGAUCUCUAUAUGGGGCCUGAGGUUUGGAAGACCCACUUUCCAGAGCAUCUGAAUUUGCAUAUGGUUGUGUGGGAGAAAGGAUGUCAUUUUGGUUCCUUGUUUUCGUUUUCAUUGGAUGAGAGGUCAGGCUGGCUUAAUUAAAGCCUCCUUCUCUCCCUGUGAGGUUUUUGCAACUAGCAUGUGAUUUGCGUGGAAUCCAACAGUGCGGGGAGCCCCGCCCUCUCGAGCGUCAAAGACCCUCUCUGAUUACCCACAUCGGUGGUUCUUACAGCAUGGUUCCCAGCGUCUUAUGAUGUCUACGUGCUUUUCUCGUGUCCUGUAGAUGUUGUGGAAAACAUACCAGGCUGUCCCUUUUCCCUGUCUCUACCACCUCUGGUGUUGAUUAUUAAAAAUUAAUUUUCAUGUCACUGUAUCCGACUUCCUACAAGCAACAGCCUUAAUUCAGUCCAAGUCCCUUUGGAGAGUUCAUUUUCUUUCUUAAAAAUUAAGAUCUCGAUGUCCCCCACCACCACCCAUGCACAGAUAGGUGACUGUGCUUGCAUGACUUGCAUACACACACCUUUCAGUCUGGUUGUAUACCAAAAACACUUUAGAUAAGCAAUGGCUUUUAGUCAGCUGCUCCAGACCCAGAACACAAACCUGGGUAUGAAAUUCCUCUUGGAGUCCAGUUUGCACUAACUCUUGGUGUGUGUAGCCUGCAUCCACACACCAAGGGGAGGCUCCUCCUUGCAGUCUCAGAGCGACUGGAAGCCUUUUUGAUUUGGAUGAACCUCCGUUUGCCUAAAUUGUUUUACCCACAGAAGCCAUGCAAUUCCCACGUGGGCAGCUUCACAAGCCAUUUCUUCACUUCAGCUCAAAGCUCCCCUCAGGAUACAGUGUAUCCACCUGUGGCAGCUUCCUUCCCUAUCCACCCAAGGGCUUUUUCCUACGUGUUCCUCACUGAGCCCCUGUUCCCCAAGAAGACAGCAUCAUUAUAAUGCUUAGAAGAAAAUUUAGGGUUCUUCAGUGUCUCCUUUGGCCCCCUUUCUAUCCACAAAUCAUGACCCAGGGUAUAGAGGCUUUAAAGGUUUCUCGUGUUCCCCCAUUAUUUAUUAGGGACCCCCAGUGGAAGCCCAGAAAGAGAUUCCUAGUAGCACAAGAGGCUAGUCGGCUCGUCAGCAGCCAUCUCCCUGACACACGCUGACGUUAGUUGACACAUGGCUGAAGCAGUUUUACUGUUUGUUCUGAGAGCUCGUUAUUGGCGUCUGGUUUCAGUAGUGAUAUCAUCUCAAUACUUUUCAGAUUUCUUUCACACAAGUACCAAAGAGCAAUCUUCAAUGCGGCCCCGUUCAGCUCAGGGCCAGUCCCUGAGCUCUGCCUGCCCUAACCAGCCACAGCCUGCCAGACACACUCUUCAUGGUCCUUGCCUUCCCCCGUGGUGAGUUUUAGCCAGUCCACAAGACAGAUCCAUCAACUCAGGCAAGAAAAGGUAUUUGGUUAAAUCGAGAUCAGGGAGGCAGAACCAGCCUCCCACCCCAAACUGGCUUUCUGUAUUUAGGAAGCCACUUACAAUUCGAAUUCUCUUUCUUGAACAGGACAGGCAAAGUGACAUCAGCCCUCUUGGGAAAUGAAUAGAGGCAGUGGCCUUUACCCCUGGCCUGGGAUAUACACACACAGAGCCAGGGUGCUGAGAUUCUGUGUGCUUCCUCCUUAUGGAGAUGUGAACCUGCUUUGGGAUCUCAGCGCCAUCCUCCCGCCCUGCCCCCUAGUUUGUUUGGUUUUUUUUUUCUUCCCAUUCUCAAAAUGGAUCAUAAUUUAGAAAACAGGUGCUUAAUCACAGCUAAAUUAUAAUAGACUACAUUAAAAAGACAUAUUAGAAAUCUCAGUUUAGGCCAUCCAUAUAAGCCAUUGUUGGUAUUUCCUAUGAGCUUGGGGGAAAAAAAAAAAAACAUGCACAAGAGAACAAAUUAACAAUCGGCAAAUUGAUUUCUCUCUGAGAAACUUCUAGGAACCCAAUGAGCCACUUACUUUGUCUAAUUAUCUUGUGACAAGUGUCACAUUAAGAUGACACUUAGAAGUCCUCAACAUUAUCUUAAUGGCGAGGAAGAGUACUCGGGAGGCAAGUCCCAGGAAGGUAAUGAGAUGUCAUUUCCAGAGACACUCCAAGAAGAUAUUUUGAUUCAUUAAAAUAUUAAAUCAAAAGCCCUCCUAUGUCUGGAGCCCACACCAGCAAGGCAGUCCAGUGCUGCUUCUCAUGGCCCGCUUUGGGUUUUAAAGAUGGCUAUUUAUAGUGGUACCUUGAAGUUAGACUUUUGCUCUGUUCUGAGAAACAGUACUUCCGCUGGUCUCUUUCUGGAAGGACCCUUUCACUCUAAUCAUCAGGUAAGCGUAUGAGGCUUUUUAAGCAUAUGCAGCUGUGAUGACGAAGCACUUGUUUAGGCAGGCACUGAACUGAGUCCUUAGUUUUAGAAAACUUUCAGUUGAUUCUGUUACUCUAAUUCUACAAACGGUUAUUUACUAUCAUUACUGUGACAUCCAGUUUAAACCCUAGAAUUCUCUUCCACCGAGGUUCAUUGUCUGCCAUAUGACUGUGUUUCUACAGAUAUUCUCAGCAUGAGGAUGGCUUCACAUGGCUUUCUCUCAGUACCUCCCUUUAUGCCCACGACCCUAUGUAUACAGGAAAUGACUUGUCUGUCCAGGUCUACCCUCUGCUUGUCCCAGAACGCCAUUGACAUUGGCUUUGGUUUGGUUUAUUCUUGACCACACUGUACAGUAACAUCCAAGAGCCCUUCCUACAGUGGGUGGUUUUUUGGUCUUUUUAAACCUUUUCUCGGUCAUUGAUGAUGUUUGUCCCUGUUCAAUGUGUAGCCCUGUAACAGAAGCCCAUCAAACUCAGAGUGUCAGUCUGUUGUCCCUAUUGUAGGUGAAAUAGUGACGUAGAAAAUCUAGUAUUCUGAAUGCUUUUCCAUGUAGACUUUUUCUGGAAUGUGAACAUGACUCUUCGGUUAAUAGCAAGCGCUUCCCUGUAGUCCUGAGUAGGCGCAGUUCUGUCUGUCUCAAUAAAUUUUACUUUGUCCGCA